UAACCCGUCGGCACCCACCACGUGUAUGUUUCGUUGAGCGCGUGUGUAAGAGAGGGAACUGGAGAUGCCGAAGAGAAAGAAGACUAGAUCUCUUCUCUCACGAGGCUCGGAGGGGUUAGAAGACAGAGUGGGGCGAUCGACGAACAAAGCGGCGGCUGAACGAGACGCCGAAGAGGAGGGAUGGAAAUUGAGGACAGAGGUUGAAAACGGACGGAGUACGGAGGAAGAGACAGGAAGAAGGUGAAGCUGGUGAGGGUGGUG